UGUCGGUCAUAAGUAAUUAUGGCAUAAUUACAGUUCAAUUAUUAUGAUGUACAUUUAAUUCUUUUUGAUAAUUACUUUUCCUGUUGAUUGACCGCCCAUAGGACAUUAAAUAGUAGGUUUUUCCAUCACACUCUGUAGUGUUCGUGUUACCCGGAAACCAAACCGUUUCAACAACAGGCACCGGGUAAUUUGUCAAACUAUCCAAGCUUCUACAUUUUUUCCCAGUUAUGUAAUGCUUGGCCUGAAAAUGAGGUCAAUUCACUCGUAGCUGUAUGUUGGUUGACUAGCACAUGUGUAUAGAGUUUGUUUCGCGUCAAGUUGUAGUUGAUAUCGACCGGGGACAAAUUUAAGAUUUGAGGAAAUCCACAUCUCUGUUAUAUCAGCGUAACUCUGUUGUUUACGUUGACCGAAAAACGGCAAGAGGCAAGGAGAUUGUAGACAGAACUUACAACACUGACAGUGAUACGAAGUUGUUUCAGAAAUGGAUCGCUGGGCAGGACGUGUUGCCUUGGUAACAGGAGCAUCGAAAGGGAUAGGAGCAGCCAUUGCUCGUGCUCUGGUUAAGAAUGGUAUGGUGGUGAUUGGUUGUGCCAGACACUUGGAAGAUAUGCAAAAAGCAGCCGCGGGACUUAAGGGCGAAAAGGGUCGUUUGAUUCCAAUGAAGUGCGACCUUACCAAAACGGAAGAGAUCGAGUCCAUGUUUCAAAAAAUCAAGGAACAGUUUGGCGGUGUCGAUGUUUGUGUUAACAACGCUGGUGUCAACUUCUACCAGGAUAGCAAGACAGGACCUUUAUCUGAUACCAAGACAAUGUUUGACUUGAAUGUAUUCGCUGCCAUCACCGUAUCCCAGCUGACCAUUCAGUCCAUACAAGAAAGGAACAUGGAUGACGGGCACAUUAUCAACAUCGGCAGUGUAUGUGGAAAUACUGUCCAUGAAGGUACCGUGUUCCACAUGUAUGCUCCAACAAAGUAUGCCCUGAAUGCUUUCACAGAGGGUCUGCGCCUGGAGCUGAGACAGCAGAAAACGAAAAUACGGGCAACGGUCCUAAGCCCUGCAUUGGUAGACACACCGCUCGCAAGAGGAUUAUAUGAUGGCAGCUUCUUUUGCCCGGAAAAUAGUCUUCAACCGGACGAUGUCGCUGCGGCCGUGACUUUUGCCCUUGGUGCCCCGCCAUGUGUUAACGUCCGCCAUAUUUGCCUCCACGCCAUCCACGACACAAUGUAAGUCCGGGACAACUGCCGUCUUUGCAUGUCUGCCAAGUUCACGCCUUUAAAAAAAAAUCCGUUUCUUAAAGUGUUAUUCUCCAGAACAAUAAAGCUUUUAAUCUGUUGUGUAGUUAGAGAAGCAUAACGUGCGUUUUCCGAACCCGAAGCUGAUGGAUAUUAGCGCUACCACUUUUGAAGCUGAUAUUUUGUUAUUUUUCAAUGAAAAAAAAUUAUAACGCAAGGCAAAUAUUUAGGAUACUAACAUUUAAUGUUCAUUGUUGUGUUCAGGGUUCUUGUAUUUCAAAGCUGCCACAUACACGGUGGACGCAAUCAGCUGGUUUUAAACGUCGUAGCUUGUUUCACAUGUUAUCAACUUUAAAUAAGUAUAGACCAUUAAAGCCUAGAUUACAUUUGAAAUGCGAUUCCCGUGCGGUGCACGUAUACUGCCCGAAAUUCCCUUUCCGUACGGCGUCUGAGCGGAGGUAGACGGUGGCCGAGUGAAAUCGCACGGAAUCUUACGGAUUUAAGGCCAUGUAAUGUAGACAUACUCGGCGUAGCCCGUAGCUCCUUACGAUUUAAAAAAAAAAAUGUACGGACAAUUUCAUCGCGCGGCGCCCGUGUAAAUGUAAUCUAGGCUUAGGAUAUUUGUCAGUCUUGUGACCCACAGUAACAUACAACUAUAGUCUAAUUAUAGUAGCAUAUGAAUGCUUAAAAUAGAGUGUAUUACGGUUGUUUACUUUUUAUGAUGCAAAUAUAUUAAAAACAAAUAUAUCUAAAAUAGUGUCAUAUUUUCAUCCCUCUACUGAUACAUGCACAUGUAUGUAUUUUCAUUUACGUUACCUAUAUUUUAUUAAUUUUUAGAUGCUCACACCAUCUGGGCAUCCAACAUCUAUUUUACUGUGUGCAUUA